AUGGAGUCCUCUAAGCAGCCCGUCAAGCUUGUCAAGGUCACCCGCGUCCUAGGCCGAACCGGUUCUCGCGGUGGUGUUACCCAAGUCCGUGUCGAAUUCAUGGACGACCAAACCCGAAGCAUCAUCCGAAACGUCAAGGGACCAGUUCGUGAGGACGACAUUCUCUGCCUACUCGAGUCUGAGCGUGAGGCCCGACGAUUACGAUAA